GUAUAAAUAAAUAAAUAUGUACAAUCUCUUAGCAUUAAAAAGCAAGAAUAGUGAAACAGUUAUUUUUAAUGCUAUGUUAUAGUACACUGUCAUUUCAUGCUAGGUGCAUAAUAUUGUCUGCAGUACCUUACUGAUUAAGUCCCAAUCCUGCUAAUAUUUACAGAAGUACUUAUUUUAUACACAUAAAUAAUUUUGUGGCAUUUGAUAUCGCUGCUUAAAUGGGUAAAGCUUAAGCUAUGAUCAGGGCUUUCAAACCUAAAUCCUGUGCUGUCAGUGAUUUCAAAUGCAUUCCUUUCAGAAGAGUGAUCCCUGCUUACCACCAGCGUCUCCAAAUUGACCUUUCAUUUGUCUUUAGAGUACUCACUGUUUAAUGUAUAUGUAAAGAUGUAAGUAUUCGUUACAUAUAACAACUCUCAUUCCAUGUUAUGUUUGAUCAGUACAGGGAAAACACAUUAAAACUGUGUAUAGGAAGAGCUUUUUAUGCAGUACCUAAAUCUGUCUAUUUUCUUUCUAGCCAUCCAAUGGGAUCUUCAUGAGUGCAUUUCUCAUUGUUCUGCCUCUGGAGUCCAUGGCUCAUGGGCUGUUUCAUGAGUUGGGGAACUGUCUGGGAGGAACGUGUGUGGGUUAUGCUGUUGUGGUUCCCACCAACUUCUGCAGUCCUGAUGGCCAGCCAACUCUUCUUCCACCUGAUCAUGUGCAAGAGCUAAACCUGAGAUCUACAGGCAUGCUUAAUGCCAUCCAAAGAUUUUUUGCAUAUCACAUGAUUGAGACAUAUGGUUGUGACUACUCUACAAGUGGACUGUCCUUUGAUAUCCUUCACUCCACGAUCAAGUCUUCUCUUGAACUUCGAACCGCGGAUGGACCCAGACAUGAUACAUAUAUUUUACAAUAUGCAACAGAAUUGUUUCUAGGAUUUUUUUUCCACAGUCAAAAUAUUUCACAAAGCUUUCACUUCAGAUGUCUCAAAACACCUCACAUUACAUAACCAAUUACUUCUUUUGUCCAACAG